ACUAUUCGAGUGAUAAAAUCCAAAGUUUAAAUUGAAUAAUUGCGGCCAGUAAAUUCAACUAAACUACUAAAUUUAUAGUAACCAAGUUGAGCCACGCCCCUACGUCUCGCCUGCUAUCUAGGGAGCUCUGCGUUUACCAUCAUUGCAUUUCAAUUGCAGUUAACAGCAGUGGCCCCCCACAAGACAACCAACGCGACAAGAGAUCGGCCAGCGACAAGACAAAAUGCAGAACCAGCCCAGCCCACAGUUGCCAUGCAAGGGCAUUUUAAAGACUUCUCGCAGCUUCGACAAGUCGGGCGCCAGUUUUCGCAAAAGUGCCAAGUUCGAUGAGCUGAACGUGCUGCAGACGUUCCAUCCGGCGGACAAGGAUUAUGGGCAUAUGAAAAUCGAUGAGCCAAAAACUCCAUACUAUGAAGAAACCAGAGACGAGCUGGACACAGAGCUUCUGGUGGAGAAACUUCGCAUUGCGGCCAGCACACAACAGUCUUCCGAGAGCAUUGAGGACGAGGGUUCUUCCGACGACGAUCUUCCCAUAAGCGAGGAUGAGAGACAACGGCGCCGUGAAUUCGAGCGGCGUCGCAAGGCCCAUUAUCGUGAAUUUGAGGCGGUCAAGCUGGCCCGUAAGCUGAUACAGGAGGAAGACGACGACGAUGAGGAGGAUGAGAAGAAUGCCGCCGGCACAUCGGACAGCAGACCGUCGGGCUCCUCUUCCACCUCCAGCCGCUAUGCAAGCAAUUCGGCGAAAAAGUCCAGCCCGACAGCCACAAAAUCCCCGUCUACCAGCAGCAACAUGGACCUGGAGCCAUCGAACAACUAGGAGCCAAUAUCAAUUAUUCAAACGCAUCAAUCACUAAUGUUUACCUAGCCCAGGCGCUCAUCAUAAAACAUAACAACAAAAACAACAUAAAAACAUUUCAGUGAAAAAGAAAACGAAACGAAACGAAAUUAUAUCAAGUGCUGUGGCCCCAGAGAGUGAGAAGCGGAACGCAGUGAGAAUGGGAGCAGAAGAAGGGCUGACCUUGGCACUCGUGAUUAAUUGCAAACAAAAGCGUCGCGUAAUGUUUUUUGCCAUCAAGUAAAUUACACACAAACACAAACACAACACAAAUCAAUGGAAUUUAACGCCACGUGAUCGAUGAACGAUGAUUAAUAGAACGAGAGCAAAGCAAACAUAAUAUGAUCGCUGUUGCAGCUGUCGUUGCUGUC